GCGUUUAAGAAAGUUCCCCGUAUGCUGUUGUGAUUGACUGUACACGGCUAAAAAGUUGAGCUCUAGUCGAGAGGUGGUUCUGUAGCCUGUGUGGUAGGUCGGUCAUAGGAAGGCAGCAGGACAGAAUGCAGACCAUAAAGUGUGUAGUGGUUGGGGACGGUGCCGUGGGUAAAACAUGCCUCCUCAUCUCCUACACCACCAACGCUUUCCCCGAGGAGUACAUCCCCACCGUGUUCGACAACUACAGCGCCCAGAUGACUGUAGACGGCCGCAGCAUCAGCCUCAACCUGUGGGACACAGCCGGACAAGAGGAGUACGACCGCCUCCGCACUCUCUCCUACCCCCAGACCAACGUCUUCGUCAUCUGUUUCUCCAUCGGGAGUCCUUCAUCCCACGCCAACGUCCGCCACAAGUGGCACCCGGAGGUCUCUCACCACUGCCCCAGCGUGCCCAUCCUCCUAGUGGGGACCAAGAGGGACCUGAGGGGGGAUGGGGAGACGGUGAAGAAGCUGAAGGAGCAGGGUUUAGCGCCCACCACACAGCAACAGGGGAACAGCAUGGCUAAGCAGAUAGGAGCGGUGAAGUACAUGGAGUGUUCUGCUCUGACGCAGGAAGGGGUCAGGGAAGUGUUCGCCGAGGCAGUACGGGCCGUGUUGUAUCCCGUUACCAAAAAGAAUGCCAAGAAGUGUGUACUGUUGUAAUGAAAUGGGUGGGUGACUGGGAAUUCGGGAGGAGGGGACUAAGGGAGUGACAUGAAUGGAGAGCGAGAGAGUGAGGGGAAAAGGAGGGAGAGAGACAAUGACGGGGAGCAAGGUUGAGUUUGUUGCUGGAGAUGGACUCAGGCCUCUCGGCCUCUCAGGCCCCAGGCCCCCAGGCCCCUCUGCCUCUCAGCCCCUAGGCCCCCAGGCC